CUCGGCCGCAGCCCCCCGCUCCCCCGGCCCGGCGCGGCCCCGCCCCGCCGCAGCCCCUCGGGCGGACGAGGAGGAAGAUGGCCGGGCGAGGCGGGAGCGUCGCGGAGGCGGGGAACGGCGGAGGCCGCGGCGUUGUGAUUUCAGACAAUUGGCCCGGAUACAGUCUGGAUUUGUUCACUUAUCCUCAGCACUACUAUGGAGACCUGGAAUAUGUGCUCAUACCUCAUGGCAUUAUUGUUGACAGGACAGAACGAUUGGCCAAAGAUAUUAUGCAAGACAUUGGAGACAAUGAUAUUGUGGUUCUCUGUGUCCUCAAAGGUGGCUACAAGUUCUGUGCUGACCUUGUGGAGCACAUUAAAAAUCUCAGCAGAAAUUCAGAAAGGUUCAUCUCCAUGAAAGUCGAUUUUGUUAGACUGAAAAGUUACCACAAUGAUCAGUCUAUGCAAGAUAUGCAGAUAAUGGGAGGAGAUGAUCUUUCAAAGCUGACUGGGAAGAAUGUUCUAAUUGUGGAGGAUAUUGUUGGAACUGGAAGGACUAUGAAGGCUCUGCUUAAUAAUAUAGAAAAAUACAAGCCAAAAAUGAUCAAAGUGGCAAGUUUGUUGGUGAAGAGAACAUCUCGGCCUGAUGGGUACAGACCAGAUUAUUACGGAUUUGAAAUUCCAGAUUUAUUUGUUGUAGGUUAUGCUUUAGACUACAACGAGCACUUCAGAGAUCUAAACCACAUAUGUGUUAUCAAUGAUCAUGGCAAAGCAAAAUACAGAGUCUGAAGCAGUAACAUACUCACCUGAAGAUCUGUUAGCUCAGCGAAGCAGAAAUUCAGCUACACUCCCUCAAGCAUCUCCCAGAAGAGCGAUUCAACUGACUUGUGUUUCCUUCAACUCAGUAUAAUAAGGGGUUUACUCUAGAGAUUCUGAUUAAUAUUUACAGAAUUGACAGCUCUGGUCUAAAAUGUGAAGUAGAGGACUUUUAAAGUUACUACCUUUUUUUAGUAUUAAAAUUACCACAUAAGAUGCAUUUUGACUAAUAAUUUGUCUGCCUGAAUUCUCGUCGUGAACGCCUCUUUUCUUCGCUCAGUCCAUCAUUCUACCCAUUGCAAUUUUCAAAAGAUCAUUCAGAAGUGCCAUUCUGUGCGUGAAGAUUGUUUUACAGAAUUGUAUUGACUUCAGCAUCCCUUUAGCCUUGGUUGGAUAUGCUGCCGCCAAAGCAAAAGCAUUAUUUUGAUUUAAUUUCACACUACAAAAGUUUCACUGGGAGCUGCAUGUUGUGUGAUGGUGCAUUUCUGGCCGUUCAUUACAGCCUCUUCCCAACAGAAGUUUUAACUCUCAGAAUGUGCUGAAUUAGAGUGCUGGUACAAAAUGAACCUUUGCAAGUCAUCAUCAAUCGGAAAUUGGAAGAUGUCACGGUUUUGGUAUGUCGUGUAGCCAUAGAUCCAACCUGUCUGAUGUGCUGAAUUUUAAUCAAGAGGAAACAAUGCCAGGCAGGUUUCAAUGUCUGUGUGGUGUCCUCUUACUUCUAUAGGACACAAACAAGUAAAAAAAUUAACAUAGUGUUCUCCUGUGCGUAUAUUCUCAAUUAAACCUCACUGAACACAGAAGUUUCAUGCUGGUCAGACAAUUAUUCAGUUAUGAUUUAAUUUUUGUAGCAUGUCUAAGUUGAGAUUUUUUGUAACCAUUCAUUGCCUUUGAGAAUACAGAUCUGAAAAUGUUGGAGAAGACUUGUAUAAAAAAGGAAAAAACAUAGAAAACCUGUUAAUGCGUGGAUACUGUAGAGAUUCCUUCCUUCCCUCUUACAUCAUGUUUGAAGAAGUUUGUUAAUUUGCAUGCUGUAUUAAGUGUGAAAAGUUGAAUUUUGUACUGUAUGUAACCGUUCUCAACAACCUCCCGUGGGAAGCCAGCACAAAGUAAGUAGCUGUAUAUCAAUAGCUAUGCCCUGGAUGGUAAGAGGCAGGUUGUUAUUAGCUUCAGGUUCCUUCAAACAAAUAAAGAAACACUAAGAACA